GUGUAAUUCAGAAUUGAGCCCACGGGGCAACCAUUCUGCUCCGCCCGUACCCGUCGCGUCCACCUCUCCAGUCCAGUCCGCCACCGCGCCACCAUGAGGAUCGACGCGGCGAUCCUCGCCGCCGUCGUCGCCUUCCUCCUCCCCCUCCGCCUUCUCUCCCUCCUCGCCCGCCUCAGCCUCACCGGCAGCGCCGGCGACCUCCGCCGUCCCUGCGCGGCCUUCGCGCUCUCCGCCGCGCUCCUCGCCGCCAUCUUCGCCCUCCCGCGCGACCACGCCAGGGAGUGCGCCGCGGCCUCCGUCGUCGUCCCCGAUGACGGAGAGGGUGCCUUCCGCGGCGAGGUGCGGUCGGAUAUCGAGCAGCUGAAGCUCCAGCUCGCCAGGCUGGAGUCUAUGUGGGAUAACAAUUCAAAACCAUUGGAUGGGAAAAGUGGUCCUUUGGAGGAGGAUGGAGAGGUUGUGAGAGCAAUGGGGCUGGAUAUUCAGUCCCUGAUCAAUGAGCAUGAGAAUAUCAAGGAAUCACUUUGUGGCUCAUAUUCUGAUAAUACUAUCAAGGCAAUGGAAAAGGAGAUUCAAAUUCUAAUGGAUGAAUCAAGAAAGAUGAACUCCAAUAUUCACAAUAUAUGGUCAAUGGCAAAGGAUACAGAUAAUAGAGUCAGCGCUCUGCAUUCAGAUGUUAAUAUGGUUCAGGUUCUAAUGGAUGAAUCAAGACAGAUGAACUCUAAUGUUCGUGAAUUAUGGUCAUUGGCUAAGGAUACAGAGAGAAGAGUAGAGGGUCUACAUUCAGAUAUGAGAAAGGUUCAAAUUCUAAUUGAUGAAUCAAGAAAGAUGGAGUCUAGUAUAUACAAAAUGUGGUCAUUUGCAAAGCAGACAGAGAAAAGGGUUGAAGAUCUAUAUUCAGAUGUGAAAAAGGAGGACUGCGCCUUAUUUUAUUAAUAAGAAGAAGAAGAAGAAGAAGAAGAAGAAGAAAUAUGUACAAACGAGGGAUCCAAAAGGACCCCUCAAGACCCCAAAAAGUCAUCACAAAAAGCGACGCGCAACUAAAAUACCUUAUGAGAGGGAUAAUAAAUGCAAUAUAAAAUAGGCCCCGUUUAGAUUCCAACUUUUUUCUUCAAACUUCCAACUUUUCCGUCACAUCGAACUUUCCUACACACACAAACUUCCAACUUUUCCGUCACAUCGUUCCAAUUUCUUCAAACUUCCAAUUUUAGUGUGGAACUAAACACAACCAUAGUAUUGGCCAAAUGGAGUGCUUUCACGUUGGUCUUCUUUCCUAUAUCCAAUUCAGCACUCACUGGAAAUUCUGUGUGCCCCUACUUCACUUCAGCUUGGUAGUUUCCCCCACCUUUCCAGGAAGCCUGGGUAUAUAACUGCAGACUUGAAUAGCCACCUAUGAAUGCUUUAUGCCCAAUUAUUCCAACUAACUAUUUCAUCCUAUCUUUGCGUAGCUUUUGCCACAGAAUUAGCUGAUGAUUAUUCGCCAGAUAAUAUUCCUCUGAAAACAUGAAAACAUUCCAACUAAACUAUUUCAUGGAUGGUCGCAGUCCUUUUGUAUUUCUUUGGCAAGCCGUUUUGUACUAAAAUCUGCCCUAAUGGGCUUGUUUGAGUCCUUUUGGACUCUUUUCCUUCUUAAUAUAACGAUGCUCAGCUCUCCUGUAUGUUCGAGAAAAAAAAUGAAAACAUUGUUGGGUUUGACCAAUGAUUAAGGACUGCCAUGAUCUUCAACUGCUGCAGUUAACUAGUUAAGAAUUUCCAAGAUAUGCAAUUGCCAAGUGCUAUUGUUCUGUUAAGUGUUCUGAAAUGUUCAACAACUCACAUUCAAAGUCUCUACAUAUUUCUAUAUGUACUGGCAUGGUGUAGUGUAUUCAUUCAUACUAUGGAAGCUAAAUAUAGAACUGUGUGACUGAACAAUUACCUGCA